AAAACAGGAGAAGAAGAAACACUAAAACAAGCGGGUACAUGUGUUCAGAUUUCUGUUGUACGUGUUAUAUUUUUUUUAUGUUGCGUGCUUAAAUAAGCUAACACGUUGGCGCAGUAACGCGAGCUGUGGAUACGAACACAUUUCCAAAGCUAUCAAACGCAUUGUUCUUAGUUUUAAGUCCACAGUUGAUUUAUUUCCAAUGAAACAGGCUGAAGAGCAGCAGCAGCCCUCCCUCUACCUGGAGGUCUGCUCCCUAAAUGAGGAGCCGCGUCUGCCCCUGCACACAUCCAUAGUCCUGUUCCUUUUGUCCUACUGUGAGUGCACGUCUUUCACAGUGGUCCUGGUUUUCAACAACAAGGACAGCAUCACUUCAGACUCAGAGUCUCUGAGGGCUCAGCUUCCGCACUCUGUCCGUGUCACCCGGGUCCUGCUGGAGGAGGUGCCCCAGCUGGUGAGGAGCUGCCGCCUCCCGGCUGCUGUGGAUGCAAGUGGACGGUUCUGCAGAGCCGGACUGGCCGUGGUCCUCAGGCAUGUCAUCAUCAGAACCACUGAGGCCGAGCCGAGCAGGAAGGAGGUUCUGGCGCUGCUGGGUUUCAAGAAAACCUGUUUGAAGGCUUGUGCAGAGGUGAGCAGAUGGACCAGACUCUGUGAAGCUGGCAUCCCCUCUGCUGUUGAGGACCACCUCAGAAACCCCACACGGCAGUCCGACCAGCUGCCUCUGGCCAUCCUCACCCUCGAGCGGCGGCUGGCGGAGCCUGUCAAAGUCCACAAUGACGACAAAAUACGGAGGCAGAAACUACAAGCGCAGAGACUGAGAGAAAGGGAGACCCCCUCCGAAGACCAGCCCCUUCCCGGACCGUCGGCACAGGUUUCUGACGGACUUGAGUUGAGAGCUGCCCUGGCCCAGCUGUCUGUGGAUUCAGUUCCAGCCGUAACCACCAGAGAGAACCCUGAGAUCAGAAAAGUGAAGACGAGUGAUUUGCCUCCAUUGGAGCACGUGUUUGCUGAGGGACUGUUCUUCACUCUGACUGAUGUGGUGCUGCUGCCAUGCAUUCAUCAGUACCUGUGUUCCCUCCAAGCUCAAGCUGCCAGCGCUCUGUAUCAUCUCCCCCAUCUGCUGCGUUGGUACAGCCGGGUUCAGGAGGUACCCGGGGUCCUUCGGGCAGCCAAGGAUUGUGGGAUCCUUCUAUUCGAUCCCCAACUUCCCACAUCCAGCCCCCCAGGCACAUUAAAGCAGGACAGCCCAGUCAGCCUGCUGGAACAAGAGGAGGACCAGGAGAUGACCCCUCAACUUCCCUUUAUUGGUGGGCCCAGACCAACAAUGACUAAACUUAAAGAAAAUGGCAUUGAGGCCAUGUUCGCUCGUCAUCCUUGCCCUGCCUGGACCCUCCCGUGGGACAGCUUCCCAGAAGCGCUCAGCCCCACCGAAGGGAAAAUGUCAAACAUCCGCGCCGUCAGGAAGAUGCAACAGCUAAAUAACUUGGUUGCCAUGGUCACAGAGCGAGCCAGGCCAGGUUGCACAGUUGUGGAUUUCUGCAGUGGAACGGGUCAUGUGGGGAUCGUUCUGGCUCACACCCUUCCAGACUGCCAGAUCAUCCUGAUCGAGAACAAGGAGGAGUCUCUGGUCAGAGCCCAGCGGCGCAGUGCUCAGCUCGGCCUGACAAACAUCGGCUUCAUUCAGGCCAAUCUGGAUUAUUUCACUGGACAGUUCCACAUUGGGGUUGCCCUCCAUGCGUGUGGCGUUGCUACAGACAUGGUUUUGGAGCACUGCAUCCAGGCCGGGGCCACCUUUGUCGUCAGUCCUUGUUGCUACGGCUUCAUCCAGAAUGCCGUCAAGUUCUCCUUCCCUAAGAGCAAAAAGUUCCAGGAUGCGCUGUCAUAUAAGGAGCACAUGAUCCUCUGUCGUUUUGCAGAUCAAACUGCUGUCCAGCUCCCGCCUGACAGGCGCCACAUCGGUAAACAGUGUAUGGGCUUGGUAGACCUGGAUCGAUCGUGGGCAGCAGAGGCUCAUGGGUACUCUGUGCAGGUGAUGACCAUGGAGCCUGAAAGCUGUUCGCCUAAGAACAACAUGUUGGUGGGAAGGCCGCCACCGGUGACUACACAGGAAGUCUGUGACGGCCAACUGGAAGCAGGGCUGCAGGAUUAGGACUGUGGGAGCACAGCUGAACGUUGUC